AUGGCCAGGUCUACCACCGCAGCUGAAACGGACUGCUUCACCUACAGCGACGGCGAAGGUGACGGCUUCGCCUCUUCGACACCAGCAAAGAACGCCAUCGAGAACUCCGAUGUACUCAUACCGAACGACGAUGCCCCUGCUUCUCCCGAAGUUGUGGUGCCGGUCACGGCUGUUGCACCGCGUUAUGGCGCCGAGGGUGGUGUCGUCCAAACGCCAUCGUACAAGCAACAGGAACCACGCCGACCUUCGCACGUUGUCGGUGGAAUCGUUGCUUCUGUCGCAGGAACCAGCAGCAUCAAGUAUGGCAAAGACAACGACGAUGGUGAAGCGGUUUUCGGUGACGAUGUGGCAACCGGAUAUGAAGACGACGAACACGACAAUGACACCCCGGCGGCGGACGACGUGGGGAAUUUGAACACAAUGGUGACACACACCAGGUCCGGAGGAAACGCGUCACCGGGGCAUUCGUGGGAUACAGCGAGUGUGUCUGUCCCAAAAUCCCAAGGUGGGGGGAAAAAUAGUCGAGAAGAAGAUUUUCUCGGAGAACGACGAAGCAGACGCGAAGGCAGAAGAAGGCGAAACGCUGAUCUUCUGGUCGACGCCUGCACCGCCUCCUCGUCCCCGACUCGAGAUGACUCCCAGCCUUUCGGCAGAGAGCGAAGCGGCGGUGAGCGCCUCUGGUCGAGCCUCGCCUUGUCGACCAGCAGUUUUGAAGCAUCGCCGCUGAAGGGGGAGUCUAUCCCGGCUCUGGCGCUAUCCGCGAGAAGCGAUUGCUCCACGGCGCGUCGUCUCGGCGAUGAUGGCGGCGCCGGUGAUGACUUCCUUCUGGCGGAUGGCGCGGAGGUGCCGGCUAUCAGCAAACCAUCCUCUUCCAUUUCUGUCGGUGUUGGUGACGAUGUCCCGAAACCUUUCUUGGCGUGGUUGGACGAGGGCCCACGAUACUCUCACCCAGACGACGACCCUGGGGCUGCGGGAGGGCACGACAGACUACCCUUAUUCUGCCCUGACAUCGAUCGGCGAGCAACGGGAAGUGCCGAUGUCCAGAAGAGCCACCACCCAAGGGCGCCGCGGACUUUUGCGGCUCACGGUGUCGGCGUACUCCGUGGCCAACACCACGAAGACAGAACACAUGAAGUCAUCGGAGCAGCGAGCAUCGAAGACUGGAGUUCGCGAGAGCUCGAGGAGGAACUACGCCGAAUUCGGGGAGCGGUAGAGAGUCGAGUGAGAUAUCUACGCUCCAUCAUGCAGCAGCCUGGAUCCGGAGCGACUUGAUUGCUCUUCUUCAUGUGACAUGGCGACAAGUCUGGUCGGACCCCAUCGACAGACGAAAGGAGCAUUUCCGGUCGAUCCAGCAACAGCAGCAACAAGUCAUGCCUGGUUUGGUUCCGCGAACACCAGUCAUUUUCUAUUCCGAUUUGGUAGGAAGUUGUGAACUUGUGUGCGUUAGCUUGUACGGCAGC